AUCGCUUAUUUUAAAAACAAUUUACACGAUUAAUUUCCCCUCCAACAAUUGUAUUCAAUAUAUCUGCUGUUAUCGCGUACAGAGAAAUAAGACUGCUAUGUUCUCUCAGUUAUUGCGCUCAUUUUCAACUUAAAGGUUCGUUGAAGAUGGCUCCCACUUUGUACCUGAUCACAGCCAGUCCUGCUGUAAGGUCGGUAACUCUAUGUGCCAAGGCUCUCAAUGUAGAACUUAACGAGAAACAAGUUAAUCUUCUUGCUGGAGAACACCUUUCACCAGAAUUUCUCAAGAUCAAUCCUCAACAUACUGUACCUGUGUUGGAUGAUGAUGGCUUCGUAAUAGUGGACAGUCAUGCCAUCAAUACAUAUUUAGUAGCCAAAUACGGAAAAGAUGACUCUCUUUAUCCAAAAGACCUUAAAAAGAGGGCGAUUGUCGAUCACAGACUUCACUAUGAUUCAAGUACUUUGUUUGUUAGAGGAGUCGCAAUUUCUAGAAGUCUUCUCUUCGAAGGUGAGAAAGUAAUUGCCCCUAAAUUACUAACAGCGCUCGAGGAAGCCUAUAAUAUCACAGAAAAAUUUUUGGAAAAGAACAACUACAUCGCUGGUGACCAACUAACAGUAGCUGAUUUCUCUUUUAUUACUUCCAUUACCUCAUGGAAUGCGUUUUUCAACUUGAAGGAAGCUAAAUAUCCCAAAAUAGUUGCUUGGAUGAAGAGAAUGCAAGCUCUGCCUUACUACAAGGAAGGAAAUCAAGUUGGCUUGGACCAGUAUUAUGCAAUUAUGAAAGACAAAGUUCCCAAGUAGAAUACAUCUUGUUUGCUGCGGAUCACUGUAUAUUUUUUUAAAAGAUCGAAUUUUUAUUUUUAAAUAUAUUAUUUUGACAAAGUU